AUCAAAUUAUGAGGUAAUCUAACAAUGAAAAGUCUCUUUCUACUUAAGAAAACACCUUUGAUAAGCAAUUCUACUAUAAUCUCAUUGCCAUUGAGAAGACUAUAAUCAAAGAACCACAACUUGAUACUGUAUAACAGGCUCUAGCUAUGUAUAGGUAAUUAAUAUACAUUUUUAUUCAAUAGAAAGUGUGUGGAAUAUUUUGAUAACAUUUAAGAUCCAAUAAAAUACUAUUUUUUAGAUAAAAUUCAAAAUGCCUUAAGUGAAACUAAAACUCUUAUGCUAAUUAUGAAUUCUAAAUCUGAAGUUGAAUCUUCCAAAACCAUAAGCCCAAUUAAGAGAUCAUCCAUUUCUGACUUACCCCCACCUUUAUUAUCUGAUUAAUAAAUCGUGGAUAAGAAACUUAGAUCCAAAUAAGUCACAUUAUAAAUUAAGCUUCAUGAAGCUGCAGAUUAACAUUGUACAAUCUUGAAAUAUUCAUCCAAGCUUAAAUACUGAAUACAAUGGUGACAGAUUUCACUACCAAUACCAAAAGUACAGAUUAAAAAGUUAGAUAGGAUUUAAAUCAAUAAGCAGACAUUAUAUAAGCUAGAAUACUUAAGAGAUAACAAAGUACAAAAAUGAAAGGUUGUUCAUCGAUGCAAACAUUGUUAUGA